GAUGUUUAAAUUUGCCCUAUAAAUACGAGUGCCUGGCUGAUGAGUUCAGCACAAAUUCUCAUUCGGUUCUCAACCUUUUAUGACAUCUCCGCGAUAGCUCUAAAGCAGCUAGUUCUGUCAAUACCAAACAACUUGAAUAUUCAAAUUCACCAUCCACAUUACAUGGAAGUUUAUCUAAGCUAUCUUUUUCUGUCCUCAAUUUUCUUGCUUGUGGGAUUAUAUUGCAGCUUUCUAUUUCAGCAAAGAAAGCUUCCUCCAGGUUCGAGAGGGCUCCCCAUUCUCGGCAACUUGCUCCAGAUUGGCCCGAAUCCACACCAAUCUUUAGCCAGACUUGCCAAGAAAUAUGGCCCUCUCAUGACCAUUUACCAAGGCAGUGUCACAACAAUUGUUGCUUCAUCAGCCGCUAUGGCUCAGCUCAUUCUGCAAAAGCAUGACGCGGAUACGUCUGGCAGGAUCAUCCCGGAUGCCAUCACCACACUAGAUCACCCCUCCUACUCCAUGGCCUGGCUCCAUGCAGGCGAAGAGUGGCGCCUGAUCAGACGAAUCCUAGCAACUUUUCUAACCAACUCCCACAAGCUUGACUCGUUGUGCGAGCUGCGUCAUGGUGUGAUGGUACAAAUGGUUCAACAUGUCGAAAAAAUUAGCAGAUCAGGAGGAGAACAAGGUGUGGAGAUUGCAAAGUUGGCCUUUACAACCGCGCUAAACCAAAUGUCGAACACUUGUUUUUCUACGAAUGUAGAUGAGUAUAACUAUCAAGAUACCGAAGGAUUCAAAAAUUCUGUAGCAAAUAUCAUGGAAACUGCAAUGACAUUCAACGUCGCAGAUUAUUUUCCCUUCCUUAAAGCCUUUGAUCCUCAGAGAUUAAGGCCUAUGGCGAACGCUGCAUACGGUUGCCUCGAGGGACUAUGCGACAAGUAUAUUGAUCAGCGGUUACAACAUAGAGAAAAUAAGUCACCAAGACACGGAGAUCUCUUGGAUUCCUUGAUUGAUUUCAGCGAAGAAAAUGAAUCUGAUUUCACCUUGAAACACAUACAAGUCCUAUUAGUGGAUUUAUUCAUAGCAGGCAGUGAAACGAGUACCAACACAACUGAAUGGGCAAUGACUGAGCUGAUACUCCAUCCGGACAAGAUGAUGAGGCUCCGCAACGAAAUAGCCGAAUCAGUGAGCCAGAAAGGAAGGAUCGAAGAAUCCGAGCUUCUCAGAAUGCCCUUCUUGCAAGCAGUUGUGAAAGAAACAAUGAGGUUACACUUAGCUGUUCCAUUCUUGCUGCCUCACAAGACCGAAACAAAUGUUAGCCUCAAAGGCUAUGAGAUACCAAAGAACACACAAGUGCUAGUGAAUGCAUGGGCGAUUGCUAGAGAUUCGGAUUCUUGGGAAAACCCUACAACUUUUAUGCCCGAAAGAUUCUUGGAUUCGGAAGUGGAUUUCAGAGGACAACAUUUUUCUUAUCUUCCAUUUGGUUCGGGGCGUCGGAUGUGCCCGGGGAUGCCUCUGGCGCACAGAGUGGUGAGCUUGAUGAUAGCUUCAUUGGUUUAUCAUUUUGAGUGGAAGCUUCCGCAUGACAUGAAUCCAAAAGAGCAUGAUAUGACUGAGAGAUUUGGACUUACUCUUGCGAGAGCUGUCCCCCUGGUUGCUGUACCCAUCACCUUGAUUUAAUAAACAACAUCAAAAUUUCUCGCCAAAAAAUUUUUUCUCUCCUAUUUACACUAGUACAAACUGGACUUUAAGCGUCGGUCAAAAAACCCCUAAAACGUCGGUCAAGUGGCGUAGCAAAUGUAGGAGACGAUAU